ACACUCCGAUAGAAUCAGCUCCGGUACUCCGGCAGCGGUCUUCUUCUCGAAUCUUAGCUGGAUGCUGCUACAGCAUUCGUUCGAUAUUGAGUCUCUAGUCUGCUUCGGAAGAUGUUUUCCGCUGCAAUAUUACUCGCAGUUUGUGCCUUCGUUCUAUUCUGUGUUUACGACUCCGUCAAGCCAGCCAAUUUCCCACCAGGACCAAGAUGGCUGCCGUUCGUGGGAUGUUUUCCACGCUUUUACCGUCUCCGAUCAAAGUACGGCUACGUGCAUUUGGCGAUGAGAGAUCUGGCUGAAAAAUACGGUUCGCUGCUCGGCAUCAAGCUCGGGAAACAGCGCAUUGUUAUAGUCAGUACGCACGAGCUGAUCAGGAAGGUUCUCACACAGGAAGAGUUUAACGGUCGUCCGGAUGGUUUCUUCUUCAGAGUGCGUGCCUUUGGAGAAAGGAGAGGAGUCUUAUUCACCGACGGGAUCAAGUGGUCUCAGCAUCGACGUUUCUCGCUUCGUCACUUGCGUUCAUUUGGAUUCGGUCACCGCCAAAUGCAGAACCAAAUCGUCACGGAGGCCGAAGAUCUGGUCAAGUUUUUGCAGAAUCAGAGCUUGCGAGGUCCCGUGCCAAUGCACGACGCCUUCGAUGUUGCAGUGAUAAACUCACUCUGGUUGAUGUUCGCCGGUAGACGUUUCGAUUACAGCGAUCAGAGGCUAACGGAGAUCCUACAAGUUACUCAUGACGCCUUCAGAUUGAUAGAUACUUCCGGUGGGAUUCUCUGUCAACUUCCGUUCCUGCGCUUCAUUUGCCCGGAACUAUCUGGCUACAACUCGUUGAUGACGAUACUGAGGAAACUAUGGUCUUUCCUUGCUGAGGAAAUUAACGAGCACGUCUCAAGUCUUCCGGCAGAUGAGCCACGCGACUUGAUCGACGCCUUUCUGAUGGAAAUCUCACAGAACGAGUCGAGUCACUCUAACGAUCAGUUCAAUCAUGAGGAGCUUCUUGUCUUAUGCUUGGAUCUCUUUCUCGCUGGAUCCGAGACGACUAGCAACACGCUUUCUACGAUGCUAAUAUAUCUCGUCCUGAAUCCCGAAUGGCUGGAAAAACUUCAGGUGGAACUGUCGAAGGUCGUUGGUAGAGACAGACCCCCGAGUACUGCGGAUCGUUCGUCUCUCCAUAAAAUGGAAGCAUUUUUAGCCGAAGUGCAGAGAUGUGUCUUCAUAGCGCCUCUGGGUGUUCCUCACAGGACAGUAAAAGACGUCUGCCUAAACGGAUAUCGCAUUCCGAAGGACACCGUGGUGCUGGUGAAUUAUUAUAGCGUGCAACACGAGAGGCUACAUUGGAAAGAUCCGGAAGUAUUUCGUCCGCAACGAUUUCUGAACGCAAAUGGAGUAUUUAUGCCGGACGAUUUCUCCAUCCCGUUUGGACUUGGGAAAAGACGUUGCUUGGGAGAAGUAUUGGCGCGAAAUAGUUUGUUUCUCUAUCUCGCCUACGUUCUGCACUACUUCGAUAUCAAGAUAUCGGAAAAACACGGCCCUCCCAACCCGAAUGGCAACGAUGGAUUCACCAUUUCACCGAAACCGUUUUAUCUGAUUUUGUCCCACCGAACUGGAUAAAAAUUAACUUCACUGGGAAAAGUUUCUCAUUGUGGUUUCUAUAAUACGAUCUU